GUGGAGAGGGUCAAAUUAGAGCUAGUCAUUUAUUGGUCAAACAUGACAAGAGCAGGCGUCCUAGUUCUUGGAAAGAGCCGUCCAUAACUAGAACCAAAGAUGAGGCAUUUGCUUUAAUUAAAUCCUAUCAUUCACGUAUUACUUCCGGAGAGAUUACUCUUGGUGAACUUGCUAACACUGAAUCUGAUUGUUCAAGUGCCAAACGUAAUGGUGAUUUGGGAUAUUUCGGUAAAGGUCAAAUGCAACCCUCAUUUGAGGAGGCUGCUUUUAAACUUAGAGUUGAUGAAUUGAGCGAACCAGUUUGGAGUGAUAGCGGCGUUCAUUUGAUCCUUAGAACAGAAUAA